GUAAGUCAGGACAAAGGGGACGCCGGUCCCCUCCGCCUGGGCCCUGCUUGUCAAGUAUGAUUUAAAAACCUUUCUCAAGAAGGACCUGUUAUAUCCUCUGGGCCGGAGCGCUUUGAAGAGGAUUCGUGUCGCUUCUCUGAAGUCCCGUUCCUGGGUGCAUAUGCGACGGAACCUCAGGAGUUGCGACUUGACGAGGCCUGACCCAACGACACCACAGUGACUGCUCGAAUCGCUGCCUGUCUGGCAGACAUCUCAGCCUGGAUGAAGGAACACCACAUUCAACUCAACUCAGCCAAGACCGAACUCCUUGUCUUUCCAGCCAACCCUGCUGUUGAACACAACAUCACCGUGCAGCUGGGUCCAACUACAGUUUCACCUUCCAAAACGGUCAGAAAUCUAGGGGUAACCAUUGAUGAUGAGCUAAAUUUCACUGACCACAUUUCAAAGACUGCAAGAUCAUGUAGAUUUACACUCGACAAUAUCAGGAAGAUAAGAUCCUUCCUCUCUGUACAUGCCACACAACUGCUCGUUCAGUCGCCUUGUCAUAACUAGACUGGACUACUGUAACGCUCUCAUUGCAGGCCUUCCUGCAUGUGCUAUUAGACCUCUCCAAAUGAUCCAGAAUGCAGCAGCACUUCUGGUCUUUAAUGAACCUAAGAGAGCACAUGUUACACCACUUUUUGUCUCUCUCCACUCUCUGUCUAUCUAUCUAUUCACUGUCUGUCUCUUUGUCUAUCUAUCUGUCUGUCUGUCUAUCUGUCUGUCUAUGUAUGUAUGUAUGUAUCCUAUCUAUCUAUCUAUCUAUCUAUCUAUCUAUCUAUCUAUCUAUCUAUCUAUCUAUCUAUCUAUCUAUCUAUCUAUCUAUCUGUCUAUCUUUCUGUCUAUCUAUAUGUCUAUCUAUAUGUCUAUCUAUAUGUCUGUCUUUUCUUUCUAUCUAUCUGUCUGUCAGUCUGUCUUUGUGUCUGUCUGUCUUAUCUAUCUAUCUGUCUGUCUGUCUAUCUGUCUUUUCUAUCUAUCUCUGUCUGUUUGUCUAUCUGUCUGUCUAUGUAUGUAUUCUAUCUAUCUGUCUGUCUGUCUGUCUGUCUGUCUGUCUAUAUGUCUGUCUGUCUGUCUAUCUAUAUGUCUGUCUUUUCUUUCUAUCUAUCUGUCUUAUCUAUCUAUCUAUCUGUCUGUCUGUCUGUCUGUCUGUCUGUCUGUCUAUCUAUAUGUCUGUCUUUUCUUUCUAUCUAUCUGUCUUAUCUAUCUAUCUAUCUGUCUGUCUGUCUGUCUGUCUGUCUGUCUAUCUAUAUGUCUGUCUUUUCUUUCUAUCUAUCUGUCUGUCUGUCUGUCUGUCUGUCUGUCUAUAUGUCUGUCUUUUCUUUCUAUCUAUCUGUCUUAUCUAUCUAUCUAUCUGUCUGUCUGUCUGUCUGUCUGUCUGUCUAUCUAUAUGUCUGUCUUUUCUUUCUAUCUAUCUGUCUUAUCUAUCUAUCAAUUCAAUUCAAUUCAAUUCAAAGGGGCUUUAUUGGCAUGAAUGUAAACAAUACAAUAUUGCCAAAGCAGAACUACAUCUUAAUCUAUACAUUUAGUUUAACAAAUUUAACACAUAUAAAAAUAAAUACAGAACAGGUUCAGAACUGCUGAAGACCACAGUGUUUAAAUAACUGAAGAGAACUGACAUAUACUGACACAUAAAUGAAUAUACACACAUACACUGAGGGUCACUGUGGGGAACAUUGGGGUGACAC